UUGACAAGAGAAUGAUCUAAACGCCUUGCUAAAAAAUAUUAUAGGAUCUUUAAUAUCUAAAUUAACUAUUGCUCCCGUUUUAAUACGAUUUUUAAAGCAAGACUCGUUAUCAACCCAAAUUAAUUUUGCAUUAUUUUUUUUAACUGUUUUAUGAUGUUUGAAUUGUUCUUUAAAAUUUUUUAAAAGACUUAAAUUUGAUUCUAUUUUUGCCACCGCUUUUCUGUCUGUCGACGAUGACGAUACACUUUUUAAAUAUUUUUUCAAAAUUAAAUUGUUUCUGUUCAGAAAUUUUAUCCACUUGCAAUAUUCAUGUUUUGUUUUAAUUAACUCACCAACUUCUUUAAUUUUCAGCAGCGUUUUUUCACUCAACUCACUGAUUUCAGACAUUUUUACUUAUACGCAGCAGACUUUUUUGUCUAUUCUAAUAGACGCGUAUGUGAUAAAUAAUAUCACUUUGUAGAAUUUUACCGCUUUUAUCGGAUAGCGGGGUUAGGGUCAAAACUAUUAUGUUUUGCGCAAUUGAUAAAUAUAACGUAAUCGCUUUUAAUAUUAUGAAUGCACUGUGUUAUUAUCGUGCUGACGAAGUGGAAAUUUUAGGAUAGAUAAUAAUUAAAAAAAAUAAAUGCAUAUAAAUAUAUCGAACUCUACGACAAGGAAUCAUUGUACACAACGACUAUGGACACUCCGUCAACAUUAAUUUUUGAGUCAACGGAUCCCGCCAGACUUUCCAACAAGAUGCUGGCGGUAUUUUUAAAAAAUUUAUUCAGGUAUGGGAGGAAAGAAGUGAAGAUUGUGAACAAGAGAGUUCACUUGUAUUUGAAAUAUUCACCGAAGAAUGAAACGGUUCAGGGAAAAUUAAAAAAUCUUCCCGUCCGAUACCUGAGAGUGGCGGCCGAUGACGAGGAAGAAUUACAAUUGUUAUUGAAGGGGAUGCGUGAAUUCUCGGACGUCAAUUUUUAUGCGGCUGCCAUAGAGGAGGACGAACCGGUACCGGUUUAUGAAGUUCCUCGACAACUUGUCGCUUGGCAUCCGUAA